AUAAGCCCCUUGCGAAAGGAGUGUGCUAGACUUCAAGCGCUUCCGAUUUCGUCUCAAUGGCGUCUUACAAGCUCAUUUUGAUAACUCUGCUCGCUCUCAUGUUUAUCUGCAGCACGUCUGUGCAAGCAAUGAGGCGCUAUGGAGGAAGGAUAAACCAUCGUCCAGGACCUCACCGUCCAGGACCUCAUCGUCCAGGACCUCAUCGUCCAGGACCAGGACAUCAUCCAGGGCGUGGACGCGGGCAUGGACGCGGGCGCUUUCAUCGUUUCUAAGUCAAGCAUCUAAUCUUGGGAACACACCG